GCGAGCCCGGGAAGCCCGAGCCUGCCCCGAGCCUCGGCGGAGCGGCCUCGGCGCGUCCCGCUCGCUCCCCCGCCGCACCCCGCCGCCCCAGGACGCGGCGGACGGCGGCUCCCGCGGCGGCCCCGGCAUGACUCGGCGGCGCUCCGCUCCCGCGUCCUGGCUGUUGGCGUCGCUGCUCGGUGCCGCAGUGUCCCUCGAAGUGUCAGAGAGCCCUGGCAGUGUCCAGGUGGCCCGGGGCCAGACAGCGGUCCUGCCGUGCGCCUUCUCCACCAGUGCUGCCCUCAUUAACCUCAAUGUCAUUUGGAUGGUCAUUCCUCUCUCCAACGCAAACCAGCCUGAGCAGGUCAUUCUCUAUCAGGGUGGACAGAUGUUUGAUGGUGCCCCCAGGUUCCACGGGAGGGUAGGAUUUACAGGCACCAUGCCCGCUACCAACGUCUCCAUCUUCAUCAAUAACACACAGCUGUCAGACACAGGCACCUACCAGUGCUUGGUGAAUAACCUUCCAGACAGAGGGGGCAGGAACAUUGGGGUUGCUGGCCUCACGGUGUUAGUGCCCCCUUCCGCUCCAAACUGCCAAAUCCAAGGAUCCCAGGACAUCGGCAGCGACGUCAUCCUCCUGUGUAGCUCCGAGGAAGGUAUCCCUCGGCCCACUUACCUUUGGGAGAAAUUAGAUACCACGCUGAAGCUACCUCCAACAGCCACUCAGGACCAGGUCCAGGGAACAGUCACCAUCCGGAAUAUCAGUGCCCUGUCUUCCGGUCUGUACCAGUGUGUGGCUUCUAAUGCCAUUGGGACCAGCACCUGUCUCCUGGAUCUCCAGGUUAUCUCACCCCAGCCCCGAAGCGUUGGAGUGAUAGCUGGAGCUGUCGGCACAGGCGCAGUUCUUAUCAUUGUUUGCAUCGCACUAAUUUCAGGGGCGUUUUUCUACUGGAGAAGCAAAAAUAAAGAGGAGGAGGAGGAAGAGAUUCCCAAUGAAAUCAGAGAGGAUGAUCUUCCACCUAAAUGCUCCUCUGCCAAAGCAUUUCACACAGAGAUAUCCUCCUCAGAAAAUAACACAUUGACGUCUUCCAAUACCUACAACAGCCGAUACUGGAGCAACAACCCCAAAACGAAUAGAAACACAGAGUCAUUCAACCACUUCAGUGACUUAGGCCAGCCUUUCUCUGGCAAUGCUGUCAUCCCGUCCAUCUAUGCAAAUGGGAACCAUCUGGCCUCUGGCCCACACAAGACUCUGGUGGUGACAACCAACAGAGGGUCACCACCCCAGGUCAUGCCCAGGAACAACAACGGUUCCGUCAGCAGGAAGCCUUGGCCUCAGCACACACAUUCCGCCACCAUCAGCCAAAUGACCCUGGAGCGCAUCGGCGCAGUGCCUGUCAUGGUGCCUGCCCAGAGUCGGGCUGGGUCCCUGGUCUAGGGUGAUUGAGGACGCUGUGUUCAGAAGAGAAUGAAUGGGAUGCCUCCAGACAAGGGGGAGAGUGGGGCGGGUGAGUGCUGGAAAGGUAGACUUUUGUUACAGCUACAUUAGUAAAAAGUACAAAGAAGGGGAUGCUGUUCCCUGGCCACUGCAGUGUGUGAAGUGGCCUGGGCGUAUUCCGUCCUGAAGACUCAGAAAGACUAUUUUCCCACUAUAGUUGUCUUGAGACUCAGCUAAAAGAAAUGAAUGAAUCAAUAAACAAAUAAAUGCUGUAUCUCAAAAGAUGUGCCAAGCCAAGGAGAAUGCUAGAAACAGAACAGCACUCACGACCCAAACCGUGGUCCAGGUAGGCCGGUUCUUUACUUCUUGCCUAACUUAAUAAUUUUCAGGAGACUUAAAGUGCCAGGUGGAAUUUAAAUAUUGAAAUUAUUUUUUAAAAUAGGUGUCUUCAGAGAAAAACAAAACAAAACAAAAAACCCAGGAGCAAGCCCGUGGUAUGUGCUGCCUCUCCCACGCCCUUAUAAUGGUAAGGGCUUAAUGGUACUAUGGAUACAUUCCAACCCGGCUAGCUCCUUAUCGUAGAGGCAUAAUUGUACAGAACACAGGUCAGCUAGAAAUGGGGAAAAAGAUGAGGAAACUUUUUGUGAACACCCUGCACGCACACACACACACACAAACACACACUCACACACACUUAUUUAUUUACCUCUUCCUGAACCAUGAACUUCAUACUUGGGAUUUUGCUAUACUGACAGAUUCUUGUCUGUGUUACUCUGGGAUCUCUUACAGGUCCAUGGCAAUUACUGUUCAUGAUUUCCUGAAGAAAAAAUAUUUUUUUAAAAGAAAACUAUUUUUUUUAAAUACUCGGGAGACAGUGGACUAGAAAAGCAAGAACUUAACGCCUGGUCCAGUGAUUGUACUCAGUGACUCAGCGGAAGGCCCAUCAUGGAAGCCUUUUAGGGAGUAAGGUAGGCUGUGCUGAAAACCAGCCAAGUGGAGGCAGGUGGGAGGGCCUUUGCUAGCGGUGCCGGAAGGGGCUGUGUAUGGCAACCUUGCUGUCACAUGGGUCACUUUUAAUGAGGGCAGUGCCAGAUGCCUUUUGUACUGAGGAAGAUAAUUCCCUCUUGUUUGACAAGUAGAGGUUAGUAGGUUAUUGCAAAAAGGGCCAGAGGAGUUGUUUUGUUUCUUUCAUAAGAAUUUUUUUUCCCCAAAAGAAUAAUAAAGGUUAGACAGAUGGGGAUCUUCCAGUGUGCUCUUGGGGGUCUGCUCAGCAUUUGGAAAAUUUGGGUGUGCAGUUUUGCCUGAGCACAUUUUGCAUACCAAUGUAAAAAGACUCCCCCCCCCCUUUUUUUUUUUUUUUUUUU